UUUACCGUGGUGACAAAAUGGCUCCUUUUCGCAAGAAAAUUCUCUUGAAAAUGAGAUAACAACCCCAUCGUGCCUGUUUAGGCCCUCCAACUUCGGUGACAAGAUGUAAAUACUGCGUGUAUGGGAAACGUUCCCUCCUUGCCGCAAGUCAUAGAGCCAGAGUUGUUAUUUGUGGAGUCGACGAGGAACACCAAGAGAAUGAGGGAUAGCAAGAAUCUCCCCAAAAAGGUCAACAUCAUCACAAGCGUCACUAACACACCGUCGCAAUAUGUCGGCAAGAUGUGCCCAACAAAUCUACUGGAACAGAAAGAGAGGUUCCUUAAAUAUGGGAUUGUUCCGAAAUUCAACUAUAGAGGAAGUUCUGAGGGUAGGGAAAGCAUCACGAAAAAGAUUGAGAUUAAGUUUGAGUUUUUUCACGAAGCAAUGCGAAUUCUGGAGAUGGUGAAGUCAUCAUUUGGGACGUCUGAGAGCUAUAUUUCAGAGACUUUCGGGAAACGAAUUGAUCAUAUUGAGGCGUCUACGACAGUUGCUCACUACCUGUCUGACAAUAAUCUCGAUGGAUGUCUGAAGAUUUACUGGAGUGAGGACCUGACAAGUAGUGCACGACUCUCGUGGCGAGGACCAUGUCAGCAUUACAACAAACCUGAAUCACGUGUCUUUACCCUGAUGUUUAAGAACUCCAAUGAAAACCCUUACCUCAGAGAACAUGGCAUACGCUGUGUCAUGGAUCAUGAAAUCGGCACACAUUUUUUUCGAGCAUGGAAUGAUGGGCUCCAACCUUGGUUCUCCGACAGGAAGAAGUUUGGUCUUGUCGGCAACGGCUCAAAUCAGUCCCGCGUAUCGGAGGAGGGAUUCGCUGCCAUAAAUACGGUGCUUCACGCAAAGAACAAAUAUCUCUAUCUGGCAGCACUGGCAUACUACACUGCCUGUAUGUCAGUCAACAUGACAUUCCGACAGUUGUUUGAACAUCUCGAAACGUACGUAUCUGACCCUGAACAUCGAUGGAAGCUCGUAAUGAGGGUCAAGAGGGGACUUGCAGACUCCAACAAUAUGGGCGGCUUUGGCUUGGACCAGUGCUACUUUGAAGGUGCUGUCAACAUACUUAAAAACAUUGACAAUAUAGACUUCCUCAUCAUGGUCGCAGGAAAAAUCUGUUGGGGUGAGGUUCCUCGUGUGAAACGACUUGCUAGGACAGAUUGUAUCAAAGUGCCUUUGUUCAUGAAGAAUAUGGAAGCCUAUGUCCGCCAGUUAAAACAUAUAGCGAAUGUGAAUCAUUUAGCAGACUACUCCCUCAGUCAUAACAACAAGCGGAGACACGGCAACGGCAGACCCAAGACAGUUGUUGAUCGAAAGCUUGACAGGUCGUUGCAGUCUCGGCCAACACUUUCUGAAGCUGGUACGCCACAACCACGCCUCACACCAUCCAUGUCUCAGUCCAGACCACGCAUCCAAUCAGGGUCUUCUCCAAUCCCAUUCUCAAGGAAAUCAUUCGACAGCAAUUUCAACCAUAACUUCAACAAACUUUCGAAACCGAGCGACCCACCGAACAUCUACUGGAGGAAAGGAGGACCGAAGCGACAGAAAUCAGUGAGGAAAACAAAGAAACUUCUGAAGCGUCGGCAGUCCAAUUCAAACCUGUUGCUCUAUGACAAACGGGUACAAGGGUCGAAUGAUUCAGAUUCUGACGACUGUUCUGAACAAACGUCAGAGGAGGGUUAUCGUUGACAUUUCUAUAAACCUGAUCUCAUUUUACUGCACAACCAAGCUGUGAUACUUCUUUAUCAUUGAGAGUAAAAUACAAAACUCUUUUUCUUAUAUUGAAGGUGCUCAAUGCUUAUGUUGAUGGUGGCAUUGAUUCGGAGUCCUCAAAGGAGUCUUUCGUGCUUUUGUUUGUUGGAGCGCAAGAUAUUUUUGUUUUUGUUUGCGCUUGUGUCUGCUUGUAUUGCUUAUGCUCUCUCAGUAAUUGUUGACAAGCCCAUGAGUAGAGACCUAAAACUACUAGUUCUAGUAAAAGUUCUUCACUAAAUGAAUUUUAAUCUUGCUCCAUGGAACCUGUUGAUCAAGACAUGUUUGUUCUGUGUGUAAGAUAUAAAUGUGUGUACCGGUAUGCAGACUUUACUUGUAUUGACGCAGUGUGUAACAAUACUUUAUUCUAGAAAUCUUAUUGGAAAGAGAAGCUCUUUUGAUAUAUCACCAGUAGUGUGUUCAGACUUGCAUGUAAUCACAGUGUCUCAUAUCAUGUAAAGGCACCUGUGUUUUGUGUUGAUGGGGAACUUCUUCCAAUCAUUCAUUUGUUCUUGGCAUAACAAUUAGUGCUAAACAUCAGACUAAUGUCGAUUUGCCAAGAGAAGAAUUACAUGUAUGUAGCAGUUGGUAUUAAUGGAGGCCAACUAAAAUCAUGGACUCAAAAUACUUUCAAAUCUACACUGACAUCUGUCAUCUGUACUGGUAUUUUUAGCUCACAUGGGUGAGCUUAUGUCGUCACGUCUUGUCCGUCAUCCGUCGUCUGUCUACAAUAGGGGCACAUUUGCUCACUAUUGAGUCUAGAAUGAUGAAACUUGGUGUGAGGAUGACUUAUGACAACAUGACUUGACACAAAAAUAAUCAUCAAGGGAUAUCAUGAAAUACUGAUUACUGCCUGUAUGUUUGAUUUCCCUUGUGAUCCCCAAGUGUGAUUAUUAUUAGGUUCCAUGCUACUCUACCUGUUUCUACUAACUUAUCUGUUGUAAUUUAUAAAACUUUUUUCAAAAA